CUAGCCAAACCAGUGCGGCCUCGCGUUCCUCUCCAAACUCCAACUUAACACAAAAUUGAAUUUUAGCCGUCUUAAAUUGAUUCACUUCAGACUCAGACGAUCAGACCAUUCAUUAACAAUUUAUAGGUUGUGGUUAACUACUCAUUUUUUGUUAAUGUUUCCUCUCGCGUAACUUUCAAGAAGUGAUAAGACGAAUUAAAAAUUUAAUGAAUGUUGAUUUGAGCCUAAUCGUUGUUGGGAAGAUUACAUUUACGACUGAUGUGUUGAUAUCUUCACUGAGGGUAACAUUCCCUAUGUCUAAAUUUAUUAGUUUUUGGGAUAUUUUCAUUUUUCAAUGAACCAGUAGCGUGGCCACUCAAAUCACCAGGAUUUAAUAAACUGACUGAUUUUUUUUUUGGGGAUACGUUAAUAAUGAAGUUUAUAAAAUACCUCCAACAACAAGGAUGAGACGAAAAAUAUAAUACAAAAUGUAUUUCGAUAUAUUAAUUUACAAAUGCUUCGUAGAGUUACCUAUAAUGGAUAUCAUAGAGAAAACCUUAUCGUAUAAUAACAAACUAAUAGAACCCCCACCUGAUAACAUUGUGGUCCAAAAUGAAGAUAACGAAGAAGUUCACUAUGUAAAUAUUCAUGAGGUGCACGUCAACAAAGUCAUCGAGAAAAAACUGGGCACCAAUCAUUUCGUUCUACUUAAUUAUGAGCUUAAACCUAUAACUGACCGUCUUGGUCUUCUUGGAGACCACAGUAUUUUGUUCGUAACAUUCCUCAAUAAUAUUGGAUCCAAAGAACAUUUGCAAUUUUUCGUUAAGUAUUUUCCUUUUACUGAAUCUCAAGCACAAUUCGCUGAUGGCAUCGGAGCAUUUGAAAAAGAAGCACUGGUUUAUAAAUUGUUCAAAGAGUUUUAUAAGCAAGGUAUCACUCAAGCCAGUAAUGUUGUCCCCUACUGCUAUGUAGUAGCUCCCAAAAAAUAUUUUAUAUUAAAUGAUCUUACUCUCGAGAGUUAUCAAAUUUUAAAUAAACAUAUUUGCUUAGAAUACGAUGUCGUUGUAGUUGUUUUACAAGCUUUAGCCCAGUUACAUUCCGGUAGUAUAGCGUACGAAGAAAAAUUAAAGAAGAAUCUAUUAGACUUAUAUGGUAAAGAUUUAGAUGAGACUUUCUUUAAUGAUAGAAAAGGUUUUCCAAAUGUAGAAGGAGUAGAGUCUUGUAUAAAGUGUAUUGUGGACGAAAUCAAGCUUUUUAAUUUUCCAAAUAAACUGGCUUCUGGAAAAGUUUUUACUGAAGUAGCAGACACAGUUUGUCGUAAAAUAUACCAAGCAGUUAAACCAUCAAAAACUGUUAGAAACGUCCUAACACAUGGAGACAUAUGGACAAAUAAUAUAUUAAUAAAAUAUGACAAAAAGUCUAACAAACCAAUUGGUUGUAAGUUGGUGGAUUUUCAAGCUGGAAGGUAUGCUCCACCAGCUCAAGAUGUACUUGCUUUUUUGUACCUAAAUACUCGAAGAGAUUUCAGAAAAAAAUAUCUGUAUGAAUUAGUGGGAAUGUAUUAUAGUUUUCUGGAAAAGAACCUCAAACAAUCUGACAUAAAAAUUGACAGUAUUUUACCUUUCACCGAGUUUUUACAAAGUUGCGAUGAGCAAAAAUUGUUCGGUGUUUUGAUCAGUGCUUUCUAUUUUCCUUUAGUAUUAAUCAACGCAGAUGAAAUUGAGACUUACUUUUCAAAUGCAGAGCUAAACCGCAAAACUUUGUUCGAAAAUAGAAUCCAUUUAGUAUUGGCUCAUAAAGGAAAAGAUACAUUUUACGAUGAACGACUAAGGGAAUCUAUAGAAGAUUUGAAAGAACUUUGCGAACUUUUUUAAAACUAGAGUAUUCUUAAGAUUAUUUAAUUUUUUUUAAUAAAAUAUAUAAACAUUUA